CGUCCAGUAGGCACAUGAAAUAAGCCACUAUGGAAGUUAGAUAUCUCGGAAUUUAGUGCGAAUUAAAUAAGGCGUAGAUUCUGUCUCAGUAUAGUGUUGCAAAAGCGUCUUUUCAAAGGCGCGACUCCAACCUCGGAUCAGGCUCUGCGCAGACAGCUGCGCGGGGUCCUUGGCUGGGCGGGGCCUGCUCGCGGUGGCUUGUGGCUCCUUCCUGUGCCGCCUCUCUCUUUCGCGUAGGCCCGCGGUGCCAGCAGGAUGGGCAAGUGUCGUGGGCUCCGAACUGCUAGGAAGCUCCGUAGUCACAGACGAGACCAGAAGUGGCAUGAUAAACAGUACAAGAAGGCCCAUCUGGGCACAGCCCUGAAGGCCAACCCUUUUGGAGGUGCUUCCCAUGCAAAGGGGAUUGUGUUGGAAAAAGUAGGAGUUGAAGCCAAACAGCCAAAUUCUGCCAUCAGGAAGUGUGUCAGGGUCCAGCUGAUCAAGAAUGGCAAGAAAAUCACGGCGUUUGUACCCAACGAUGGUUGCUUGAACUUUAUUGAGGAAAACGAUGAAGUUUUGGUUGCUGGAUUUGGUCGAAAAGGUCAUGCUGUUGGUGAUAUUCCUGGAGUCCGCUUUAAGGUUGUCAAAGUAGCUAAUGUCUCUCUUUUGGCCCUUUACAAAGGCAAGAAAGAACGACCAAGAUCAUAAAUUUUGAUGAAAACACAGUUAAUAAAUUUUCACAUGCCAAAAA